ACCGCAUCUUUGCAGAAUCAAAAGGCUUUUGGGGUUUUGCAGGUUCCACCGCUGAAGUGGUUUUUUCCGGCGUUGAAUCAAUCGCCGAACCAAGAAAACUGGGAAAAAAUGGGGAAAGCUAAGAAGGCACCGAAAUUCGCCGUGAUGAAGAAAAUGGUCACCUCCAAAGCCAUUAAACAGCAUAAAGAGGAGGUUUUGAACCCUAACAAGAAAGAUUUGACUAAGGAGAAGCUUCCCAGAAACGUACCAAAUGUUUCAUCUGCACUUUUCUUCAAGCACAAUACUGCAUUGGGUCCGCCGUACAGGAUAUUGGUCGAUACUAAUUUUAUCAAUUUCUCUAUUCAAAAUAAAUUGGAUUUGGAGAAAGGAAUGAUGGAUUGCUUGUAUGCAAAAUGCACUCCUUGUAUCACUGACUGUGUAAUGGCUGAGCUUGAGAAGCUGGGUCAAAAAUAUCGUGUUGCUUUAAGAAUCGCAAAGGAUCCUCGAUUUGAAAGGCUUCCCUGUACGCAUAAAGGAACAUAUGCUGAUGAUUGCAUAGUAGAAAGGGUCAAUCAGGUCCCUGGUGUACCAAUAAUGUACAUUACUCAGCACAAGUACUCCAUCGAACGGUUACCUGAAGCUACAAUUGGUGGAGCUCCAAGAUUUUGAUACUAAAAAGCGGUGAUAGGAUUCAGAUCAGGACGCACAGUUUCUGGACCAUGG